AUGUUACCUGUUUUAACUUGGAUAGACAAACAUUCUUUUGAAGAUGAGGACGAAGCUGAAGCUGGUUCGUGUAUUUAUUCGUUGGCAUUUAAACCAGAUGGCACACAACUUUUAGUUGCUAUUGGAACUCGUGUUAUCGUUUAUGAUCCAAAUGACGGUUCUGUACUUGUAUCCCUUCGUGGACAUAAAGAAUUAGUUUAUGCCGUUAGUUUUUCUUUUAAUGGUGAAAAUCAUAAUGAUGCCGUUCAAUGUUUAGCUUUUUCUCCAACUUCAACAACUCUUAUUAGCUGUGCAGUUACUGAUUUUGGUAUAUGGACACAAACUGAUAAAAAUGUUAGUAAGCAAAAAGUCCAUUCAAAAUGUACAAGUUGUGCUUGGAGCUCAGACGGUCUCUUUUAUGCUAUAGGUUUUUAUGAUGGUUCUAUAACUGUUCGUUCAUUAUCUGGACCUACGGCAAAUAUUUUUUUAAUUAGAAAAAAAAUAAAUAAUUAUUAUUUUAAGUCAACAGGAGAGGAAACAGCAAGAGUUGAAAGACCAGGUAGAGAACCUAUUUGGUCAUUACAAUUUGCACAAAUAAUAACUAAUGAACAUGUAAGUAGUGAAUUGUUGGUUAUAGCUGAUUGGGCACAAUCUAUUGGGUUUUUUACACAUGAACAGGGGAGAUUGACGCACAAAAGUGAUAAACAAUUAGAUUAUGAUCCAACUGGAGUUCAUUUAUUUAAUAACGGCUGUUUUUUUCUUUGUACUGGAAGCAAUAAAAAAUUAAAUUUGCAAACAGUUAAUGCUGGGGAUUUGGGGGCAAUGGCACAAUUGGAUGCUUGGCCGUGGAGUAUGGCUGUGCUAAAACAACGUUGUGUUGUUGUUGGUUGUGUGGAUGGUUCUUUAGCUUGUUAUCAGUUAAUGUUAAAUACUAUACAUGCUUUACAUAAAGAUCGUUAUGCAUUUCGAGAAAAUCAAACAGAUGUUGUUAUACAACAAUUACAAAAACAAAAAAGUACAAGAAUUCGUUGUAACGAUCUAGUCAGAAAAGUAGCCACUUACAAUAAUAGAUUGGCAAUUCAAUUAAGUGAUCGAGUUUUAAUUUAUCGUCAAUUAACUGGAGACAAAGAAGGAGAAAGUUUGGAAUAUAAAUUGAUGGAUAAAAUUAAUCAAAAUUUUGAAUGUUCCCUUUUGGUUAUAACUAGCCAACAUUUAAUUUUAUGUCAUGAUAGGAGAUUGACUUGUUAUGAUUUAAAAGGUAUUAAACAAAGAGAGUGGAUUAUGGAGUCUUUAAUUAGAUAUAUUAAAGUAGUUGGAGGCCCUAUAGGAAGAGAAACUAUUCUUGUGGGUAUGCGCUUUGGAUUAGUUUGCAAAAUAUUUGUGGACAAUCCAUUUCCUGUUGAAGUUGUUCGACUUAAAUCUAUGUAA